AUGCAUCCUCAACCUCACUCUCACUCUCACCCUCACCCUCACCCUUAUCGAUCAUCAUACCCUUCACUAUCACCCGCAACACCCAUCACAUCCUCUAUCACAUCACACUCACCACAGAAACAGCACCCACCUUAUGGUUUCCCUCCCAGCAGUAUCAACAUGAACGUAAGCAUAGGUCAUACUCAUCCUCCCCCUUCACAUCAUCAUGGCAGCAGGAACGCCUCGAUUACGUCCGCUCGGUCCAACACGAAUCACCCGGAAUACAGCGAAUCGGAAUCAGAAGGUGAAGAUGGGAAACUGGAAAAGGAUAAGCUGGAGAUACGUCGAGAGAAGAACCGAGUGAAACAGAGGAAUCUACGUUUACGUCGAGCGAAUCACAUAGCUGAACUCGAAAGGAAUGUCGCGAAUAUACGAGCAGAACAUUCCUCCCUACAGAGUAGUUUCGCUCAUCUCCAACAGAGGGAGAACAAUCUACAGGGAUGGGUACACGAUCUGGAAUCUGCUUUGUUCAGAAAUGGUCUAGCGGCCGAGGUCGAGACUCUACGUCGCAUAUGGGCAGAUCGAGAAUUCAACAAACCCACUCAGCUUCCUCCUCCCCCACCGCCAUCUUCCAGUCAACACGUUUCGAUACCUCAUCAUGCACUUCCUACUCCCUCUGGUCCACCUUCUGCCGAUCCACUAUCGACCUUAGCCCGAGCGGCCUCUUCCAUCCCACCUGGAUCCGGAUCCGCUUCCGGUUAUCCCGAAGCCAGGAUGAGCUAUCCCCCACCCUCGGCAAGUGGAUCAAGACCUACUCUACCUCGACCCACCUCCUUCUCUCGUCCUCCAUUCGAAAACCCCUAUCCCACUCCAGAAUUACAAUGGGGGUCGCAGAUGAACGAAUGGGUACAAGCACACCCUUCGGCAUCGUCUGAGUCCGACAAGAAACGUAAGAGGGAUCCUUACGCGGCUGAUUAUCCACCACCACCACCACCACCACCACACCCUUCAACUCUCAGACCAGGUCUACAUCCCAUGUCAGGCAGAUUAUCGGAAUCGAACAUUCACACUUUACCGCCUAUCCAAUCUUACCGACAGACUUCCCCCACAUCCGCUCGACCAACAUCAGCACCUUAUCAGUCCGAAAGGCAUUCCGUACCCAUAUCAGCCUCGACGUCUUCCGGAACCGGUAAUGUAUCACCUCGUUCGAUAAGGAUUUCCGAUCUGGUAUCGCCAAAAACUUCACACAUCGAUCAUGUCUUACCGAGUCUAUCGACAUCCUUGACAGCCACCGAAUUGACUCAUCCAUCGAUACCCGAAUCGAAAAGACAGUUGGAGAUGCUGACGAACAGGGAAGGAGGUUGGAAUAGAAGAUCGAGCUCAAAAGGUGAUCUGUCGCCGAAGACGGAGAGGGAAGUUCCAUCUCUGAAUGGAACCAAACUCCCCCCUUUGAGAUUCUUCAGACCGAAAACCGAGGAAGAGGAUCAUCCCAUCUUGGAAUCGAGUCCUCGAUCCAAUGGGGAUUCUCGAACGACCAGCAGAGGCAGAGAGAUGGAGAGGGAAAUAUCACCCAAAACCAGACUAUCCUUAUCCCCCUCGGCGAUUGGGGAUCGAGCAGCUUCGCCCCUAUUGAAAGUCAAGGAACAUCAGCUAUUGGAUGGUCAAGUACCGAAAUCGGCUUAG